ACAGCACAACAGCUGUUUAAUUUUCGAAUAGCCGAUCAAAAGUUUCGUUUAAUUUUAUUUACUAUUAAAGCAAUUGUUUGUAUAAUCGUUUGUGAAUUCUUUAAGUUUGGCUUAGUGAGGUUUUAAUAAUAUGGCUUCUCAAAUAAUUGGUAAAUUUAAACAAUUGGAUGCGUAUGCUAAAACAUUAGAAGAUUUUAGAGUUAAAACAGCGACUGGUGCAAUAAUUACAGUCACGGGUGCGUUUGUAAUGAUUUUACUGAUAGUUUUGGAGUUGCACACGUAUAUGUCUCCUAAUAUAUCAGAAGAGCUAUUUGUGGACACCUCAAGAGGUCAUAAAUUAAGGAUUAAUUUCGAUAUUGUUGUUCCCAGGAUAUCCUGUGAUUAUUUGGUAUUGGAUGCUAUGGACUCAUCAGGUGAACAGCAUCUGCAGAUGGACCACAAUGUACACAAAAGAAGAUUAGAUUUGGAUGGUGUUCCUAUAAAAGAACCAAUAAAGGAGGACAUAUCCCUUUCAUCAACAGUUAAACAAAAUAGUUCAGAAAUAGCCAUAGUUACAUGUGGGAGUUGUUAUGGAGCAGCAUUUAAUGAUUCACAAUGUUGUAAUACUUGCGAAGAUGUUAAAGAAGCAUAUAGAUUAAGACGAUGGGCUCUGCCAGAUCUAGCAACUGUAGAACAAUGUAAGGAUGAUGAUUCAUUAGAAAGAACUAAUCUAGCUCUCAAAGAAGGAUGUCAGAUCUAUGGUUAUAUGGAAGUAAAUAGGGUAGGAGGAAGUUUCCACAUAGCACCAGGUAAAAGUUUCACAAUCAAUCAUGUGCAUGUACAUGAUGUCCAGCCAUUCUCUUCAUCAGUUUUUAACACUACCCAUAUUAUAAGGCACCUAUCAUUUGGUUCAGACAUUGAAAGUGCAAAUACAGCUCCCUUGGAUGGAAUAACAGGUUUAGCCAAAGAAGGUGCUGUUAUGUUUCAGUAUUAUUUAAAAAUAGUUCCAACAAUGUAUGUAAAACUGGAUGGUACCAUUUUACAUACUAAUCAGUUUUCAGUGACAAGACAUCAGAAGUCAGUAUCCAAUAUAAAUGUUGAAUCCGGAAUGCCGGGUGCAUUCUUUAGUUAUGAAUUGUCACCACUCAUGGUUAAAUAUACAGCAAAAGGAAGGUCUAUAGGCCACUUUGCCACAAAUGUCUGUGCAAUUGUAGGUGGAGUGUUCACUGUUGCUGGAAUUUUUGAUACCCUACUGUAUCAUUCACUUAAUGCAUUUCAAAACAAAGUUGUCCUUGGUAAAGCCGGUUAACUUUUCAAUUACAAUGUUUUUAAAAAUGUGUUAUAAACAUCUAUCGUACAUUUUGCAUAGUCCUUGCAAAAUUCUAAAUCUGUGCCCUUAAACAAUGCCAGUAUGGGAACAUAAUUUUCUUUGGUAGGAUCAUAUUGAGCUCUUCCUAAACUUUUUAAAAAGCUGUGCCUCUGUUUAAUUAUAAAAUUUCUGCACAACAAUAUUCCUGGUUGUUGCAGUAUUGUAUUAUGAGGAAUUUGCAUUUCAUUGUGAAUGUACUGGAAUCUUUGUACCAGUGCUUUUUGAUCUGCAACAAAAGUUAAAUGAAUUUAUAAUUUAGCACAUAUGCAAAAAUUUGCUUAAUGAAAAAUGAAGGUUAUAAAAUAAUUAUCUAUUUCUAAUUAAAAUACAAAAAAAAAAAAAUGUUUAAACACUGCUUAAAUUGCACAUUGUUUUUAUAAUCUAUGUAAAUUUAUAAGAUUAUUAUUUUGUAUCAUGUGUUCUUGAUUCAAAUUGUUUACAUAAGAAAAUAUUUCAAAAUAAAUGGAAUUUUUAUAAUAAUAUUAAUUAUUGUUAUAUUAGCAAUGAUUUAUAAUGACAUACAAUUAUAUUUUUAAUUGUAUUAAAACUUACUUAUCAUCCAUAUCUUUGGUUUACUUAAUAUUAAUUGUUUUAUUUCUUCAUCACUAAAUCCAAGUUCCUCUUUGACCACAAAGUUAUUUGUGUUUAUAUGGUGGAGGUUGUAUGUUAUUAUUUUGGGUGCCAUUGUUGCUAGUUCUCUAACCUCAUUGCCACAUAAACUAAA